AUGCUGAGGAAGCCACAGAAGAGAGCAAUCUCGAAGAGGAAGCGGGUCCUCACAGACCGUAGCUUGUGCAAGCGGGCAAAUGGAAGGUUCCGCCCUUUCGUGCACCUGAACGCCGGCCUCUAUGCGCAGACGCAGACCUGUGAAGAUCUGGCCCUCGCCGUGGCGGGAAUGGGAACGCUCAUCCUCAUGCAAGCUUUUUGCAAAGCUGGGAUGGAGCAGUUCCAGUUUUCUGACCCAGCGGCGAUCAAGCUGGCUGCUGCGGAGUUGCAUUGUGCUAUCAACGCGAGCCUGGCUUCCAUGGAUCGGAAGAUCGCCGUGGUCUUCAGAACGCGCAUUGCGAUCUGCAAAAGAGGCGAGCUGGCCACGCCUACGCGCAAAGAUCCCGAGUCUGCCCUGGAAGACUGGAGCGCAGUACAGCGAGCAGCGCUGAUGGGCUUCCGGAACAGCCGCAGUGCGUGCGAACGACUCCUCCGUGCCCUACGUGAGAGCAGGGCUACAAGAGGGCCAAAAGCGAGGGCUAAGUGGGAAAGUGCUACAUCUUCAUUGGAGAUGCUCAAAGGGAAGCUUGCGAAGUGUCAUGGGCAUGGGCUUUGCCCUAAAAGUGAGUUGAGGCUAGCUGAGGAUUUGCAGCAGCAGGCUAAACCCCUAUCUCGAGAGCAGGUGUUUGCACCGUCAUAA